CCGGAGAUGCAGCGCAUGCAGGCUCUCAGGAGGAGCAGCAGAUCUUUCAGCACCUCGGACAGCAACGCUGCGUCGGUCCACCUUUCCUCCGCACUCGCUACUGUAUGCUUAUCGUGAUCGGAGACAUUUCAACUGAUCAUCAGCUCGAUUCCGUCAAAGAACACAUUAAACGGGGCAUCUUGUCAUGGGAUAUUGAUUUGAGCAUUUGUGAUUUGAACAAGGAACUGAAGCUCUUUCAAGCAAGACACUCUGCCCAGUUCUCUUCAGAAGUGAAAGGACAAAGACUUCUGCAAUAUAAGAGUGAUGUCCUUGAGACUGUUGUGUUGGUGAAUCCUUCUGAGGAGAAUAUUGCUAUAGAGAUCAGAACACUGGUCUCUGACUCAGCAGGCCACAAGUUAUUGGUCCUAAGUGGGCAAAGUACUGACCGGAGUGGUGACAUUAUCCUGCAAAGUGGAGUGUUUGGUUGGAAGAAUCUCUCUGACAUUCUCUCAAGUCGUAGGAUUAAAGAUCUCUUAAAUCAGCCAUACUCAGGCCAGCAAGCCUGUUUGACUGUGUCCUGCAAAGGAGAGGGGGGCUGGAGCUCCCUAGGAUACGUACAGGAGCAGAGCAUACUGAAGUACAGACUGAACCCUGAGCCUGUGCUGCCUGAGAUGGAAGGUGUGAGUGAGUUCACAGAAUAUGUCUCUGAGACAGUGGAUGUUCCUUCUCCUUUUGAGCUCCUGGAGCCACCAACGUCAGGAGGGUUCCUGAAGCUGUCCAAGCCAUGCUGCUAUAUUUUUCCUGGAGGACGGGGAGACUCCGCUUUGUUUGCAGUCAAUGGCUUUAAUAUUUUGAUAGAUGGUGGAUCUGACAGAAAGUCUUGUUUUUGGAAGUUGGUCAGACAUCUGGAUAGGAUUGAUUCCGUUCUCCUAACACACAUAGGAGCAGAUAAUCUCCCUGGCAUAAAUGGACUGUUACAGAGAAAAAUUGCAGAGCAGGAGGAAGAGAAGAGCCAUAGUUCAAAUACCUAUGGAGACUGGAUGAAAAAUCUCAUCUCACCAGAGCUUGGUGUUGUGUUCUUUAAUGUUCCUGAGAAGCUAAAGAUGCCUGAAUCUACACUGAAAGCAAAGAGAAGCAUUGAGGAGGCAUCUCUCACAUUGCAGUACCUUCACAAACUUGGCAUUAAACCUGAACCUCUAUACAGAGUUGUGAGCAACACAAUUGAGCCUUUAACACUCUUUCACAAGUUAGGUGUUGGCAAACUAGACAUGUAUAUUCUAAAUCCUCUCAAGGACAGUAAGGAGAUGCAAUUCUUCAUGCAGAAGUGGGCUGGUAACAGUAAAGCUAAGACAGGUAUUGUUUUGGCCAAUGGCAAAGAGGGUGAAAUUUCUGUCCCUUACCUCACAUCAGUGACAGCUCUGGUUGUGUGGGUACCUGCCAGCCCAACUGAAAAAAUCGUCAGAGUUCUGUUUCCUGGAAAUGCACCACAAAACAAAAUAUUCGAGGGUUUGGAAAAGUUGCGACAUCUCGAUUUCUUACGAUAUCCGGUAGCCACUCAAAAAGAUAUGUCGUCUGGAGCUCCACCUCCACUGAUUAAACAAACUAAAAUGAAGCUGCGGACUGAUAGCAAAGAAAGUCUUAAAUCGUCUCCUAAAAUGUCCUCCACAACAAAAGCAAGCAAGAAAGAGGCAAAUGAAGAUAUCGAGUCAAAGAGUGAAUCUGUUAAGGAGAACAAAGCUGAAAAGAAAGAGAAAAAAAUUAAAGAGACUGUUAAAGCUCCCAAACCGCUGAAACCCAAGACAGUAUCACCUGAUUCACUUAAGCAUGAGAAAAAGCUUAAAAGAGAAAAAUCUCCUAAAAAGCAUAUAAAGGAGAAGGUAUCCAAGAUGGAGGAAAAGAAAGAUCAGGAAAAGAAAGACACAAAGAAAGAAAAGGUGGAUGUAAAAAAAGAAGACAUAGUUAAAAAGGAACUCAAAAAUAAGGAGGAGAAGAAAAAAGAUAAAGUUAAGCCUGAACUGAAAAAAAUCACAAAACCUGAUCUGAAGCCCUUCACCCCUGAAGUCAGGAAGACUCUGAACAAAGCAAAGGUUCAAGUAAAGCCUAAAACAGAAAAAACAAAAGCUGCAAAGGAGCAAGAAAACAGGCCGGCUGCUAAGCAAGCUUCAGUGGAGAAACAGGAGAUAGACAGGUCCUUAGUCUCCUCCCCAGAGGAUCUUACCAAGGAUUUUGAAGCCUUGCGACUGGAAGAGGAACUUUCCAAGUCCCCAGAGAGCAAAAUUCUUCCAAAUGUCCAGUCUGCAGUGGACACAGUUGUCCCUCACAUUGGAUCUCCUGAUGAGGGAAUAACUACAACUGACGUUGAGAUAGAGUCCCCUCUUGAGGAAAGAGUACCAUAUGGAGCAAAUGCAAAUAAAUCCCCCUCUAAAGUCACCGACAGAUUUGAGGAUGAAGCUACAAAGUAUGACCACACCACAGAACUGAAAAGUGUCAGGAUGGGAGAAGAUGCAAUGAAACCCAAAAAGAGUGACAGUGAAGAAGAUGAGGAUGUUAUUGAGAAGGCAGAGCUUGAAGAUGCAGAGGAUAUUGUACAUGAGGAGGAACUCAAGUAUAAAUCUGAUGAGUCUAGAAAAGAAAAACUUGGAAAGGACUGGGAGACAAAAAGUGAAAUUAAAUCUACCAAAUCUCUGGGUGCUGCAGAUCAUGUUUCUUUAAUCCAAGAUGAGACCAUUCCAGGUUACUCUGAGACAGAGCAGACCCUCUCUGAUGAGGAAAUUAAUGAGGAGACAGAAGAGCGGAUCCCACAUCUUCAAUAUGAUGUUGGUUCUUAUGACAUCUCAGUUCCUGAUGAACCAGGGACUUUUGACACCAUCCAUGGCAUGAAACCACCAACCAUAUCUGUUGCUUCUGAGUUCUCAUCAAAGGGAUUUGCAGUAGACCAGGAGCCAGUCCUUUCAGCUUAUGCAACUAAUAUAAUUGCGGCUCCAUUGGCUGAAGAAGAGCAUAUAUCAUCAGCUACCUCUAUCACCGAAUAUGACAAAUUAUCAUCCUUUGCGACAUCUGUUACUGAAGAUCAGUCUAUAGCAUCUGUGACAGCACCACCUACUGAAGAUGCAGGAAAAAGCUCUUUACUCUUAGAUACUAUAAAUAGUAUACCAUCAUCCAUACAGACAGAUGCUACUCAAGGAAAAGAGUACCUCCACUCUGCUGGAACUAUUUCUCCAACUUCUUCCUUAGAGGAGGAUAAGUGUUUUAAAUCACCUCCCUCAGAGGAAUAUCAACCUAUUGUGCCAGAAACAGAAACUACAGUGAAGGCUACCGCUCCCACAAAUUAUGAGGAUGAGGAAGACGAGGAAGAGGAUGAGGAUCAGACACCAAAUGUCGAUAUGCCACUUGGAAAGAUCCACGAGGGUUAUGCCUCUGCUGCCAUACUCCAAGACACUGAAAAAGCUUCUGAUAAGAUUCACUCAUCAAUGGCACCUAUUCCCCCUCCUGCAAUGUAUGUUGGCACACAAGAAAAAGAUGAAAAGGCAUCCUCUGAGAAUAAAUCUAAAUUGAGUACUCCUGAGAAAAGUUUGUCUUUCUCACCAAAUUUUUCUUGCACCUCAGAGGUGAACAUUACCUCGGAGAGUGAAGAAAGAUGCCUCAGUCCAGAUGACAGCACUGUGAGGUUUGCCUCACCUACACAAUCAGGACCAACCAGCGGUAGCUACUCUCCAACUGAGGAGAGGUCACAGAAGCCACUGACUGUGGAUAAAGAGGAAAAACUGGACAAGGAGACUUUUGACUCUUAUUUGACCAAAGAUACUCCUUCUGACAAAAAGUCUGUGAAAAUAAUUGAUGAUGAAGUAGACCCUUUUGUAAAGGAGUUCUCCAGCACUAAGACUGCAAAAUUUGACUUGGAAGAUGAGGAGGGGGAAGAUUAUUAUGGAAAGGAAACAUAUAAGGUGUGUGGUAAAACUAAAUAUAAAGAGGAAAGGGAGUGCACUUUUCUCGAUGAAGAAUAUUCCCAAGAGGCAAAACCUCUAAAAGAGGAGAAGCUGUUUGAAAAUAAGAACAAAUUUGUGGAUAAGGAAUCAUCUAAUGAUAAACCACAAAAUGUGACUUCUUUGGGCCAUGACCACAAAUCCCAGAUGCUUAGCUCAGGAGAGGAAGAUGAAAGCGAAACUGAGGAUAAUAUUUACUCAAGCAUAAAAGCACCACAGGGCAAGUUAGAUUCCAUGUCAGCAAGCCAAGAGAAAAAAGAUGUUUCAUUUUCAGAGAUAGAUGACCAAAACGUUUCUAAAGACAGCGAUAAAAGUGUCCACUUCAACUUGUACUCAUUCCCUGAGGGUGAGAAAGGCCUUAGAGGGGAAAUUGAGAGGGUGGUUAGGCAAGAUACACCGUAUGUUGGGAAAAGCUUUACAUACUCUGAUGUAUACGACAGUAAAUCAAGUUCAGUAGAUUCCUACUCUCCAAAUCUACCAGCAGAGCACACAUUUGAUGAUACUGAUGUUACUCCAAAGAAAACAGAAAAAGAAGAUUCCCUAGAGUCUUCCAUUGUCAAAUUUUCUGAUCCUAAAGCAUCAGAUGAAAAACAAACAUUAUCAGAUUCAUAUAGUGAAACACAAAGUACAUACAUGACACCACAGUUUAGGGAUUCAUCUGAAGCAACAUUCUCUGAGCCAAUAAAUACAUCUGAAGAAAGGACAUUUGAGAAAACCUCACCUAUUUCAGCAGAGAAAGACCCAUUGUCAGUUAAAUUUGAAAAGCCUGAUUUCACUGGUAUGACAGAGGUUGGUGCAUCACAGUCCACCCAUUAUGAAGCUGACAGGUUCAUCCCUGAUUACAGUGCUAAAAGUACAAGCUCUAGUUUAGGCCAAUCUACAUUUGGCACAAAAGAAGUAAUGGCUGGAGACAUGAAGAUGUUUGCUGAUGGAGAGGACGAAGACGAAGAUGAUGAAGAAGAUGAAGAUGAUGAGGAUGAGGAGUAUGGAGAGCAUGCAAGUGACAGUGAUACAGAGAAAGGUGACAAAGAGAAAGAUUCUGAACACCCAAUGAAAAGAGUAAUCAGUCCUGUACCAACUCAGUUCCAGGAUGAAAAGAAAGACACCAUUACACAUGACAACACUAGGAGCUUAGGCUCUGAGGCUUAUGGGAAAUCUUUAGGUUCAUCUACAUUUGACACUCAAAACAAUGAAAGCCCCAAGGACUCAUUGCAAGCUGGUAAAAGUGCUGCCUCAUCUUUUCCUGUUGAAAGUCAUAUUAAAGGCUUCUCUGGAUUUGAACAUUCUUCAAGUGAGGAGAAAGAUGAGUUUGUAGAAAAUCAUGACAAUGUUGUCAAGUCAUAUUUACCCUUUUCAACGAAGACUGCUGAAGAUAAAUGCUCUACUCACUAUGAUGACAAAGAUCUUGAGUUUGACAAGCAACAGACACCAGAUGCAGUAGAGAAAAAAACAGUAGACCCUGUAUCAUUGGGCUUGGGUUACACAACUAUGUCAGCCACAGCCUACUCUUCUUCCUCUUCUUACAGCCAUUCUUCAUCAGCUUCAGCAUCUCUGUCCACUAGCCGCCAAUUUGGGGAUGAGUUAGAGGCUCAAGCCUGUACUGGAUUCGAUUACUCAUCUUUUAGAGAUGAACAUUCACCAGUGAUCGAUUCACCCUUCUCUAGUUCCGGCGGUCAGGCUAAGGAUGAAUAUUUAGAAGUAUCAGAGAAGAUGACCCCUGCAACAACUACUGCUGAAUCAACAUCUAGCCUUGCAAGAUUCUCACCACUGUCACCCUUUGAGGAGAUCAAGCCUUUCCCUCCUCAUGCUGGUACUUGUGUAGUUGACAAGAAAGAAUCUACUUACACUGCAAGCAAUAUCUCGGAUCAGGGACUACAAAGUCAGUGCUUUUACAAGCCAGAGUGGGAUGAGGACUCAAGACUACAAACUGAAUUAGGUGCAACUGGACCUUUUUCCUCAGUUCCUCCUGCCACACAGAAAGACACAUUUCCCAGAGAUCUUUGUGGUGCUUCAGCAACACUUGAAUUUGAAAAACAGUACUAUGAAGAGACUGAGAGUAGUGAAGAGGAGGAUGAUUAUAUGUAUGAAACCGAACAGGAUAAACCUCAGUACCAAAGAUCUCCAGUUACAGCUCAAGCAGACAAGAAAGAUGGCACAUUUUCCUUAAGUGAGACACUAUCAAAAGACAUAUCUUCUAGUUUAGGAGGUGCUAGUCCAAAUGUCUAUACCUCAUAUUCUCUUUCAUUCCCAGAAACCACUAAACCAGACACGACAAAUGGGCCUGCAGAAGUUAGUCUGACUGCACCAGAGGCUUUUGGUGGAGCUAGCAAGGUGAAAACAGAAUUGUCAAAAGUAGAGGUGAAAGGCCAAGAACUUGACAUAAAGAAAAUUAGGAGCCCAAGUGAAUGGCAAAUGCAGCAGCAGCGAGACGUAUAUCCAGGGGCAUCCCCACCCCACUAUCGACAUGAGGAUGAAUAUGAUGAAGAAGAAGAGACAGAGCCAGAACACCCUGCCCGCCCUCUCUCGCUCUCAUCCACAGAGAAACCUUUCCAAUCCUCUUAUUACACAGAUGAUCCAAACAGACACGAUGACGACUCUGACUAUCCUUCAAAUGUUGGUGUCCGUCCACAUUCAUCAACUGCUUCCCCAGGCUAUUCCGCCUGUGAGAACAAGCAGAGGAGAGGAGACACAUCUCCAUCUUUUAUAAACCCAAGCUUAUGUCAACUUUCAAGCGAUGAAGAAAAUGAGGAACAAACAAGUCAAGCAUCAGAUCAACAGCAACCGGCAGGGAAGACAAGGUUCCACAAACAACCUCAAGACUACUCUCACAGUCAUCAUUGUGAAGACAAUGAAUUGCAACACUUCUCCGGAGCCAUGGCUGCUGGGAUUAGUGCCAGUGGGGAGGACACCCCUCCAACCUCUGUCAGUGAGCCAUUGCAUUCCCAGUCAGAUUCAGAUGUUCCACCAGGUACAGAGGAGUGCCCAUCGAUCACAGCAAAAGGAAAUGACUCUGAUGAUGAUGCAGAUUACCUGCCUGUAGAUAAAUCCUAUGGAGCUUAUGGGGGGAAGCAUUACUUAUCUAGAUCACCUGACAAAAAUCAUGAUCCCUUACCAUCACCAUUGAUGGACCCUGCUCCUUAUCCUCCUCACCCUGAUGCAUGCAUGGUUGAUCCUGAGGCUCUGUCAAGCUUAACAGACAAACCAAUCAAGAAAGAUACCAAAGCAAAGGGUUUACGUAAAUUAGGUAAAACAAAGUCCUCAUCUCCAGCUCGGAAGACUGAUGCUAGGCGGAAGCGCUCCCCAUCAAAGGAGCCCUUUGCCCACACCACCUCUCUUAGGAAGAAGGACAUGGAGGAUGAUCUGUCAAGGUCAAGCCACAACACUGGCAAAGGUCUUGUCAAUGGCCUGAAGAAUUCCGCAGGUUCAAAUUCUGCAAAAUUCAGCACAUCAGUGCCCCCUGGUCCUCCUAUCUAUGUGGAUCUGGCCUACAUUCCCAACCACUGUAGCGCUAAAAAUGUGGACCAGGAGUUUUUUAAACGUGUUCGCUCUGCAUAUUACGUAGUGAGUGGAAAUGACUCCAGCAACGGAGAACCGAGCCGUAGUGUACUAGAUGCCUUGCUAGAGGGAAAGGCACAGUGGGGAUCUAAUUUACAGGUAACAUUGAUACCUACACAUGACACAGAAGUGACCCGCGAGUGGUAUCAGCAGACCCAUGAGAAGCAACAGGAGCUGAACAUCAUGGUCCUGGCCAGCAGCAGCACAGUUGUAAUGCAGGACGAGUCAUUCCCAGCCUGCAAAAUAGAGUUCUAAAUUCAACAUGGCUCCCAGGUCCACAUUUUUACUCUCAAAUGGUCUGUUACAGCCUUAACAGUUGCUUAUUCAGUGUAAAAUUAACCUGUUUUUGCUUUUGAACUUUCUAAGGUUUAAAACAGCACAUGUUGUCUAUUGCCCGGGACCCCCAAUCAAAUGAUAGAAACUUUAUUAUUUCCUGGUGAUGAGAUUUAUUCGAGUGCAGGAAAACAGAAGGAAGAUGUGCCUUUCACUGUAUACUUUUCAGGGUGGCUUUUUCCCUUUACGUUGUACAAUACUUAAAUGGAGAACCGAAUUCUUGACCCUUAGAGUUUGGACCAGGGCCUGUUUAAACUAGUUUUCACAAUCACAUUCUCAGUCGUAGUUUUAUACCGAACAAGGUAACCAAAUAAGUGUGCUAAACGGAUUUACAAAAUUGAUAUAUAGCCUUAUUUACAAUGCUAUUUAAAUAAGCACAAGUAUACCUCUUGACUUUUUUGAAUUGAAUUGAAUUGAAUUGAAUCCCCUAAUACUGCAAAUUGACUGGAUGAGGUUUUAUUGCUUUCAUCCGAUUCGUUCAUUUAUCAUUCCUAUCCUAAUUAACCUGCUCCUUUGAGGCCCUGAUUUACACAACAUGGCGUCAUCCUCCAUCACAGCACACGCAAAUAUUCAAGAAAUAUAAAUAAUGCCAGUUCAAAUAUUUUCUAACCUAUCAAGGGUAUUUAUUACUCACUGUGUAAAUUGCAAUUGAUGCUAUAUAACUCAGUAGAGAGAUUAAAGGGACAGUUCACCCCAAAAUUAAAAUCUGCUCACCAUUUACUUUCAUGCGGUACCAAAUGUUGGUAUUUAUUUUUCGGUCGAACACGAAGGAAGAUAUUUUGAAAAAUCUGGUAACCAUUGACAUCCAUAGAAGGGAAAAAAAUUAUUUGGAAUACAAUUUCAACAUUCUUCAAAAUAUCUUAAUUGGUGUUCAACAGAACAAAGAAUCUAAAACAGGUUUGUGUCAAGUUGAGGGAGAGUAAAUAAUGACAGAAUUAAAAUUUAGGUGCAAACUGUCCCGUUAACAAAUACCCGGGUGCUAGUAUUUCAGAAAUAAUUAGACGAAUAGAUUAAAAAUAUUACAAAUAAAAAAACAUGCAAAUGUUAUAGAAUUGUGUGGCAGCUUGCACAAAAUGACGUUACAUUCCUGACUCAGAGAGAAAUGUGUUCAAUCAACAACAGCAACAUUAAUGUGAUGCUGAUACUAGAUCAGGACUAAAUUAUCUUGAUCUCAGAAAAAAACAACUAAAUGAAGUCUUUAACACUAAAUUAAAGGAAAUCAAAUCUUAUUUUGUUGUUAAAUGAUGUAUAAAGUGUACGUUCACAGAGUUUUACUUAUUUUUAGUGUUGAUGAAGUUCAGAAGUAUGUUUUAUUAUGGGCUUAUUAGGGUUUCUUUCUAUUCAUUAGCACAUUGUAAUGAUUUCUAGUUAUAAAAUGUACAGUAUAUACGAAAGACAAAGUUGCUUACUUUAAAGGGAUGGAAAGAAGGGAUGACUGGUAUGUAAGCCAAAGUUGCAGGCAAUAGAAGUGCAUGGUAUUCCAUGAAUACACUAUGUAUGAAAGUGUUUUAAGCCUAUGAAAGAUGUGAGUUAUGGGCACUGCACUUGAGCCUGUUCGAAUAUAUAUUGUGUUUUAAACUUUUCAAAGCCUGUCGUGACUUUAAUAUGGGGAUUGACCUCUAACAGAAAACUAUAUUUUCCAAUUAACCAACCAUGAUGAUGCAUUUACAAAUACUAAUUCUUAUGAAGGGAACACUCAUAGCAUCAUUGUACAACUCCCCUGGAGGUAAACAGUUGAGUUUUACCAUUUUUUAAUUCAUUCAGUCGAUUUCUGUGUCUGUCGUUAGCACUUUUAGCUUAGCUUAGCAUAGAUCACUGAAUCGGAUUAGGCCAUUUGCAUGGUUAGAUAAUUUUCCUUUUUAAAGCCUGGCUCUUCUUUAGUUUUGUAGAUUUACUGUGUAAUAUUAUUGUACCUGCAGCAGCUAUGGUAUGACAACAUAGUUCCUUGAUUAUUCCACAGGAAUUUCAUUAUAGUUCCUAUCCGCUUGUUAAGUCGUGACAUAUGGAAUACUGUUUCCAGGUCCAAGCAGCUGCUCAAUUAGAUUGAGAAAAUGUUCGUUUAGGGCCACUUUUUAGUCAUAUCACACAUUAAAGUGAAUUUUAUAUAAAAUCAUGGUGUACACAACAGUCUCUGGACUUGCUGCAUCACAAAUACCAAAAUUUUACCAAUUUAUAAAAAAUUAAUCACUUUCUGGCCAUUGAAUACUAGGCACAUAUAUAUG